UGAAGGAGUGACAGUGUCUGAUCGGUGAUCUUCCACAGCCAGCCUCCACUGUUUUCCUGCCUCCUGACAGCACACUCAGGAGGAAUGGUUGUCGGAUAGCUCAUCGGGCAGCACAGCAGCUGUUGGAUGCACUCGUGAACGUUGACGGUUAUUCAGUUAUAACCAUGAAUUUACUACCGUCCAACCCUCACGGGAAUGGGCUUCUGUAUGCUGGAUUUAACCAGGAUCAUGGAUGUUUUGCUUGUGGAAUGGAGAAUGGAUUUCGUGUUUACAACACAGAUCCUCUCAAAGAGAAAGAGAAACAAGAGUUCCUGGAGGGCGGGGUCGGCCACGUGGAGAUGCUGUUCAGGUGUAACUAUCUAGCACUAGUGGGAGGAGGGAAGAAACCCAAAUACCCGACUAAUAAAGUGAUGAUCUGGGACGACCUGAAAAAGAAGACCGUCAUUGAGAUCGAGUUCUCAACAGAAGUGAAAGCAGUGAAGCUUCGGCGUGACCGGAUCGUGGUGGUCCUGGACUCCAUGAUCAAAGUGUUCACCUUUACCCACAAUCCUCAUCAGCUGCACGUGUUUGAGACCUGCUAUAACCCCAAAGGUCUGUGCGUGCUGUGUCCCAACAGCAACAACUCCCUGCUGGCAUUCCCCGGGACUCAUUCAGGCCACGUGCAGAUCGUAGACCUCGCCAACACCGAGAAGCCGCCGGUGGACAUCCCCGCCCAUGAGGGGGCGCUGUGCUGCAUCGCGCUCAACCUGCAGGGCACGAGGAUAGCCACGGCGUCUGAGAAAGGGACUCUCAUACGAAUCUUCGACACGUCUGCAGGUCAGCUCAUACAGGAGCUGCGACGAGGUUCGCAGGCAGCUAACAUCUACUGCAUCAACUUUAAUCAGGAUGCGUCGCUCAUCUGCGUGUCCAGCGACCACGGCACGGUGCACAUCUUCGCUGCAGAGGAUCCCAAAAGGAACAAGCAGUCCAGCUUGGCGUCCGCCAGCUUUCUUCCCAAAUACUUCAGCUCCAAGUGGAGCUUCUCCAAGUUCCAGGUCCCGUCUGGCUCUCCCUGUGUGUGUGCCUUCGGAACAGAGCCCAACGCCGUCAUAGCCAUUUGUGCUGACGGCAGCUAUUACAAGUUUCUGUUCAACCAAAAGGGGGAGUGUUCCCGAGAUGUGUACGCCCAGUUCCUGGAGAUGACCGACGACAAAAUAUGACCCUCGACCUCCCUCUCUGCUGACUUCCUGUUGAGCAACCAGAUUUUUUUUUCUUUAAAAUCAGAGGAGGUUUGAGACUUCCUAUGAUGCACUUCACCGAAUCUUGACAGACUCUGCAAUAAAAAAUUAAAUAAAUAAAUAAAAAAAAAACCAGAGCAUCAGAUCAAGUGGACAGAACUAGAAGCACAGACUCAAAGAUGGCCGCCUGGAACCGUCAUGCGGACUUUACGGUGACGUUACUCCCAAACCAAACACACGAAAAAGAGGGAAAGUUAUUUUUGUGAACGUACAAUGCGCAGCUUUUUAAGAUGUCUUCCGAGGAGUUUACAAAAGAUGGAUAUUUUUAACCACAUAGAUGAUUCUGAUAGAUGAGAAUAUUGAGAUUUUUGUCAACUAACACCACCUAACCUAACCGUAGGGAGUGCCUCUGAGACUGGACAGAAUCUGUUCGUGUGCACACAUUAUUGUUGUCAUGUAUACAUACAUGUGCCCGUGUAUAUACCGAUGUACCAUAUUAGCUGUUUGCAAACGGGAUCAGAGCCAGUUUUUCUUCCACGUCGCAGUAACAUCCGGAGCCUUGGAGCCCACUCUGAUCCAGCUUUGGGAAAUAUCACCUUAGUAUUCUAGAUUUUCUUAGUCACUGUAUAUACACAACUCAUCAGACUGAACUAACAGAAUUAUACAGAAUAAUAGCAAAAAAAAAAAAAAAAAUUAAGUAUUUUUGUUUGACUUUUGAUUUCAUAUGUUGUGCAAUAUAUUGUUUCCCUGAACAGUAAAUUUUUAUGUUAAAAGCAAGUCAAAGUUGAGACUUUUGGAGGAAUACAUUGUUCGCUUUCCAGACGAGCUUAAAGAGGAUUAAAUGUAGGAAAAGAAGUGCAGGUGAUAUCAGGCUGUACACGACGAUCAGUCCGUCUGUACCGUCUUUGUCCCAGAAUCCAAGCCUGGGAGGAAAAUUCCUUCUUUUUUUUUGUCUGCUUUGUUAUAUGAAGGACCAGAACAUUUACAGUUCAGCUGCAUCACAUCGUUGGCAGGUGGAGCCACGCUUCGAACGUCAUUGCAGCUGUAAAUAUUCCUGUACACUUUACUGGGUCUUUCAGUCCAGCGUCAUGUGGGUGGGUUAGUCCAGCUGUAAGAAGUUUGAUUUCAGUCAAAUUUACAUGUUUACAGUGUUGUAAAGGACUAACGAUUCUUGUUGUUUUCACUAGUGUCAUGUAAGUGUUAGAGGAAUAUUUUAGUUCUGUGUCUUCCCUGCAGCAGACGGCAGGCAGAGCCCUCUCAGGUUGGAGUGUUCUGGAUUUGCAAGCUAAAGCUAACAGCUACUACUACAUGUUAGUUUGGCUUUUUACCCCCCGUCAGUCCUGAAUCCGGGUCCUGGGUCCAUGCAGCUCAGUCUGGGUUGCAACACGGAUGUUCUGCAGCUGAGAAAAAUGUGCCAAAGUAAAUAACCGUCGGAUGCUGGAACGAGACGGUGUGACAAAUCCCCAGCUUGCUCUUUCUGUUUCCAGCCUGAGAGCUCUGCAGGGAAAACACUGACAGCUCAUAAGAAUUAAACACAACCGUACUAAAAAGUAAACAAACCCCAUUAAAGGUGCAGUUAAUUCUGUUACUGAGUAAAGAGCCUUAGCUUGUAUUCACAUCAGCUUUUAGUUUGUUAAAAUGAAAUGAACCAAAAACACAUUUUCCUUCUGAAAUUCUACUGAUUCAGGGUCUGUUCCUCCUCAACAGUCCAGACGAGAUGUAAAAUCUGGACAUUUUCAGCUUUGUUCAGCUCUACACUUCAUGUUUAAUGUAAUUAGCUCCAUGUGAUUAAAUCAUAAAUGCUCAAAUGAUUGUGGUCAGAGAGGCUCUGCAGCCUCAGCUGUACCUCACCUUCCUGACGCCACUUUUUAUUUUCUUUUUUCUGUGUGUGUUUUGAGUUUUUUGUAAAAAGUGCGUCACGCUGCCAGUUCAGCUCAUGCAUCAGGGACCCCGAGGUGCUUUGUUGAACCACCAUAAACAGGAGAUGUCUGUGUGGAGCCGACAGGCAAAGGGAUUACCUUUUUAUUUGACGGCGUUUUGAUGGAUCCAUUAGACAAACGUCCGUUGUGUUGCUUUCUGCUUCAGAUUGUACACCGAGCACACACACAGGACGGAUGCUGCACAAGCUGAAAACAAAGCCAACUGGUUUCACACACACACACUAUGAUUGUAAAUCCUGCAUUAAAUUUGUGAAUAAAAUUUAACAUCUGC